AUGGAAGCGAGCUUCCGAAAGCUUCCGAGAGCUUCCGAUUCCGAUUCCGAUUCCGAAGCGGGAAGCGGUCAUCGGACGAAGCUUUCGUGCUAUGUAUCCAAACCCCUCAUUCAAAGAAGAAGAAGACCCAUUCAUGCAACCACCAAGAAACAAAUCAAGCUAGGGAGUAGUAGCUCCAAUGCAAGAGCAGCAAUACCAACUUCACCACAUUCCAUUGAUGCAAUCAAGAACAUGUGGAGAGUCCAAGAAGGAGAAGAUGAUUGGGCACUUGUAAGCUUUGUUGGAGAACAAAUCCAAGACCCAAGAAAGUGCAAGAAGGCAAUGGAGAAGGUGAACAUCGAACCUUGUGUGAAGAUGGACACCCAAACCCUUGACCUUCUCAAGAUAAGAGAUGAUGUCACAUGGUACAUAAGGAAGCUAGGCUUGAGCAAGCUCUUCAAGCUAGAGUGUAGCGAUGCCAAUGGGCGCAUCUCCAUCUCAGCUCUAUGCCAACUCUUUGGACUUCCCAAUGAGACAGCACAUGACUUCAAGGAGAACUCAAAGAGGAAACAAGCUGCCUUUGCUGAUUGGACACACUUUGCCAAUGAACCAUUCUUGCCUUCAAGAUCAAAGGUGUCUAGAAUCACUCAUCCAGCCAUUCGCUAUGUGCACCGCCUCAUCUCCACCACUUUCCAAUGCAAACAAGAAGCCAACAAGGUCACAACUGAUGAGUUCUACAUCCUCACCACACCAUUCAUCAAGCAUGAGUACAAGGCCAACCUUGGUUUACUUGCCAAGACAUUCAUCAAUGUGAGGAAGCUAGCUAAAGACUUGGAAGGCAACAAGAAGCUUUGUGUUCGUUUUGGGAGGCUUAUCACGGCCAUAGUGCAACAUGUGGGGAUUGACAUUCCCAACUAUGAGCCACUACCCAAGCCAACCCCUUUGGAUCUCCAUGCUCUUCAGCACAUCCACUUCCUAAACCGUUGGACUAAAGACCCAACUCGGUUUUGCUAUGAGUUUCCAAUUGGUCCAGCCAACACUUCCCUUGUCUUGCUGCCACAUGAAGACAUCCCAAGCCUACGCUCAGCAUGCAGUCAAGACUCAACGCCGCCACCAAGAACGCCAUGUUCUCACUACUGGCAUGGCCGCGCACCAAGCUCUAGACCGUGUAACAAGCUGGAGAAGAUAGUGGAAUGCCAAUCUCGCUUCAUCUCACGCCUAGUUCGUGUAGUUCGCCACAUUGCACCGGAGAGACUCUUUCGCCCUUCUUCCACCGCUAGAGAGCCAUAUGAGCCUGACCUUGGUGAGUUCUCACUAGACUCAGAGCUUGGUUCAGAAGGCGAUGACCCCAUAGAUGAGGAAGAGAGUUCUUCUCACUGCCACACAUAG